UUGAUCGCAUUAAACUGCAAGUGUAUCGUAGGAAAAACAUCGUGCAGUUUCUAGAACACAAAUAUUUUAUUUAUUGUAUCUUGUUGAUAGUUUGGCUUGUCCAUCUUUAAUAUGGCUUUAAUAAAAGAAAAUUGGUGUCUGUUUGCAUUCAGUCCAUUUAGAAUAAUUUCAAUCUUUAAAUUUCAUAGAAAGGAUCGCGUGUCAGUUCAUGUUACUUUGGAGUAGGAUGUUUUAUUUGAUAUAGAAAAUUUAAACAGUUGUCAAAACGGUCUAUCCGUGAGGGUGCCGCUUUAAAAAGACAAAGAAAUUAGAAUAAACUCGGUGCAUGUGUAUUUAAGGAUAUUAAUCAGGAUCCCAUCUAUGCUGAUACGAUACACACUGGUUACAUUUUGUGAGCCUACUAUUGCCGCCAUGACACUUUAUUGAGACGAAAUUUGAAGCACUGAUGGAAUUUUAAAUCAAUACAAUUGUUUUUGAAGUUCCUUUUGCGGAAUGGAACUCAUAAAUAACUGAUCCCACAUAUGCUAGUACGACAUAUGAUAAGUUCAGUAUGGGAUCCUACAUACGCCGCCAUGACACCAAAGACAUUCUGGCAUUGAUGGAACAGUAAAUGUGUAAUUUCUUUUGAAGUUGACGUUGCAGAAUGGAACAUAAGCAUUAACUGAAUGUAAUUUUUUCUUCUAGAAUUAUAGAAUUUAAACUGCAAAAAAGAUGACGGACAAAUACUACAGAUUGGUUUCCUUGCUUGUUGACAUUUCAACCGAGGUGUUGUUGGAGUUAUUUUUAGAAUACGCAAGAAAGGACCUUGCCCCAGGAGUCACUUACACCACAUUGCCCGUUUACAUGAACAACAAAUCUGCUCACGUUCGCAGUCUGAGGUCAAUCAAGCCAUUCCAGCUCAACAAAAUAUAUCCAACAGGUGGGUCUUGCAACGAGGCAGAAUGGGACAUUUCUUUGCUUUCUGCUUUGAUACUCGGUUUAUACGGAAGCAAUGUUGCCCAUAUUCGUGGUGAUAUUGUUUCUAUUCGAGAUGCAAGGAACGCCUUACAACAUUCUGCGGGCACUGCGCGUUUGUCUGACCCAGAAUUCACUACGAUGUAUAAAUCUGUUUCCACCGCAACACUUUCUAUUGCAAAAUUUGUGAAGGGAUCCUCUUAUGAAAAAGACAUAAAGGAAAAGAUAACAGCACAAGGCGGUGCAAUGUUUAUGCCGAGAUUGGGAGAGUCCAUGCGACUUUGGUAUACAUCAUAUAACGAAGAUUCAUCCGCAGCCCUUAAGGAAGAAGUGUCAUCUUUGAAAAAAAGAUGGAUGUACAAAGCAUUUCCUUAAACGCCAAAAUAGAUGAACACAAAAUGGAAACUUUGCAAUUACAACAGAAAGUAUCUGAUCUGACGAAUGAGCUUUCAACUCUUCGUGAGCAAACGGGAAACGUAGAAACAGACUGCAGAACAACUACGGAAAUCCUACAAAGUGCUGUUGUGAAACGUCCGAGUAAUACAGGAAAGCCUGUAAAACGAUUAAAGACUGUUGACCAUAUCUUAGAAAGACUCAAAGAUAACUUUCUGCGACUAGAAACGCAAACUUUGGUCGAUGGUUUUCAGCCACCAAAAGAAAUUAAUGAAAUACGAACCCGGCUACGGAACAAGAAGUUUGUCGUUAUAGCAGGACACGGCAACAGUUCUUAUAUUGAAGCUGCUUUGUAUGCUAUCAAGGAUUUGGAGCACAACCCUUCAAACUGUGUUUUGCUUUCAUCCGCAUCUAACUGGGAACACAUUGAACCCGGUGAAGUAGAGUUGGUUUUAAUCAAAUGUCCGUUUGGUGAAAAGGAUUUUGACCAGGCCAAAACGAAAGCCUUUCUGGAUAUCCUAGACAACAUUCAAAUGAGUAUCAACGACACUGCGGAAACGUUUUCUGUCGUUGUUGUUUCACAGACCGAGGUCUUACAAAAAGCGCUGUUGGGUUGUAACGGGCAUGAACUGUUAGAAGAUCCAGUGAAGAUUUACCAACCUAAUACAGCUGAGAGUCCUGACAAUAUACAUGAAGAUAUUUGCCCAAGCAGAACACAAGGAACAGAAACUUUGAUGCAGUCCAUGAUUGAUAUAUCUACGUCUUACAAAUCAUCUAUCGUGAAAAUGAAUCCAAGAUCACCUGCCGUCCUCAGGGCAAAACAGCAAAUGUGCUCAUCAAAAGUUGUAUUAUUAACGGGCAAUGAUACUAACGCUUUAGCAUCCGUUGCGCUAGCCAUUACAGAUUCCUACGGGCCCAAUCAAUUUCAUAUCGUAGGAAAAAUUGACGAAAUAAUGGGCAUGCAUACCAUUUCCCUGCUCAUUGUUGAAAACAUGGCGGGAAAGUAUAACUACGAUCAACAGAGGGCAUCUGACUGGCUGGAGAAACUUGACAAGUUACUGCCACACGUCAGAAAUGGAAAGCUCAAUCUGAUAGUAACAAUGGCUUCUGACAAAUUGCAAAGAUGUAUUGCAGACUUUGGUAAACACCCAAUUUUAACCUACAAAGUGGAUGUGAUGGCCUCUGAUGUGAAUACGUCUAUGAUGUCACUUGUCAAAACUGAGCCUGGGGAAGAAGUCACAAUAUCAGAUCGGCCAUCUUUGGAAACCCAAGAUGGAAAAGAGCAGUAUCUCACCACUGCUUACCCAGCUAUAACUUCUAGCGCAUGUAACGUUCGCCCGGGACCAAGUACGUACAAUAGCUCAGGUUUGGUGGACCCUAACAGACUGCCAACGCUCCAGUUGAUGAAGGAAUAUGAAUAUGAAUAUGACGGAGACUCGACAACCAGUAGAGGCCUCGCCGUUUUGUCUGAACGUGUACUUGUUAUUUUGACACAUUCAUUUAUUUCCUAUCGCUAUUCAUUACAAUGCGUUGAUAGGAUAUCAAAGCGUGUAGUACAGAAGUAUAACCUAGAUGAUACAGCGUUUGACGUUACAAGUAUUAACACAACUGAUAUUGCUGUAACGUUUCCUAACAAAGGCACUAUUGGGAUUUUCACCAUUUCUCAUUUGGGUGCUAUUUCAUUUGCAAAAGAAAUUCCUGUUGGUUUAAUUUGUCAAGGUAUAUCGUACAGUGGCAACAAAUUUAUAAUUGCAUUUGGUUGGCCGGAAAUUAAACUAAGCAUCAUUGAUAUGAAUGGUGUCGUUUUAAAUGAGUUCAAAUUACACAAUGAAAUAGGAUCAGAUUUGAAUUUGGCAGUUAGUCCAGAUGUAAACACAAUUUACUUAUGUAGCUUUUUAGGAAACACUGUGACUGCACUGACACGUGAAGGUCAUGUGUUGGGUCAUGUGAAGAUCGAUCACAGCAAGUUUUCUGGACUUGGUAUAACUACGGACUCUGCAGGUCGUCUGUAUGUGAGUGAUUUGUUCAACACUUUAUUCCUGGUGUCCCCAGAGACAGGCACUGUCAAAAAACUGCUUGGAAAGCAGGACGGCAUCGGACGUCCAAAUUGCCUCGCUUUCUGUAAAUGGACUAACAAUCUGAUUAUUGGUUGUCUCGGUGUAAUAAAGGAAUUUAAAAUCGAAUGAAACAAAAGAUGUAAUUGUUAGAAAUCAAAAGUUAUUCUAUUGAACGAGUUGUAUACAUUUCAAAUGUACUUAAUUUAAAAAUUAAUGCAUUGUUUAGUGGCCGGACAUUAUAACAUAAUAGCACGAAAUAUUGGUAUUGGAUGGCAAAUUGCAUUUUGUGCAUGUAUCACUCGCUAAUUACAAAUAAAAAUAAUAUAGUAAAAGUGAG